AUGCCUCGCAAUGUCCGCCAACAGCCCAACAAGUGGCGCCAGCCGCCUACAGUGCUACCUUCAGCAAAGAGACGCACUUCUUUCCCACUCGCCGGCUUAGCAAUAGCUCAUCUUCGCUCUUUCACGCUAAUUAGCCCACAGAUUCAUGUGCAGCCCGAGCCAACAGCUGCCCGGCCCCGAUCCUUGCCUAUUCACUCAUUCAACCUGCCGCCGGGUUACGACUGCUUGGCGUCAGAAUUAUGCUAUGCGGAUCGAGUCUUAUGGCGAUAG